AUUCGUCAAAUUAAAAUUCUAAUUUGUUUAUUUUUUGUUUUUUUUUUGUUUCUAAAAUAUAUCGCUUGAUGUCUCACGACUUUCCAUUUAAUUGCAAAUGUUUUUUUUUUUUUAAUGUGUGUAUAUAUAUACAUAUAUAUACACACACAUAUAUGUAUGCACAUAUAUAUGUAUACACAUAUAUAUUCCUUCUUUACAAGAGUUAAAAUGUCAGUAUUAAUGGACAAAGGGCUCGAUUGAAUUCAAUUAUUUUUAUGUGUUAUCAAGUUUUGACGCAAAAUUUUCUUAUACAUCCUUAUUGCUAGAUUAAAUUUCGUUAUGUGGAACGAGACUAAUUUCUAUCGUAGUCCUAAUGAUCCAAAGAUGAGGCAAUUGCAAAGAGUAUCACGAUACUCUCAAGACUCUUCGAACGAAACUCAGAGAGAAUGUUUGGAUGAAAUAAUUCAACAAUCCUAUCUGUCGACAAGCGGAUAUUAUGACAACCAAAAGAACAGUUUUACAUCUUCUACGAUCUCUAAUGGUUUUAAUCAAUCCGAUAAAGAGGAUAAAUCGAUAACAAAUCAACCAAAUUCGUGGAAGCAAGAAAAGUCAGGAGAUUGGAAAUACGAAAAAGAAGAACUUUGGCAGACGAUAGAACAAUCUUUGAAUGAUAAAACUUCGACUCAAGAAGAAGCCAUAAAUUCGGAUAUCAAAUAUAGGCAUCUUUACAGCAUACCUAAUUACAAUAAAAUUCAUUUCGGUGAUCUUAGUGAUUCGGAAAUAACAGAUGAUUGCGACUUUAAGGAUCCUAAUGUUCUUACUAUCAAUAAAAAGCCAAAGACACUUUUAUUCAAUAUAAGAGAAUAUUUAGCAAAUUAUCAAGAAUCCAAUGGUAUUCCACGCACGGAAUAUCCUUUUACGGAUCUUGUUAAGGUCAUGGGUCAAGCAACAGGUCGAUCAUUGAUUGCUCUGCUUUAUGUCAUCAUUAAUACUGCCCCCAUUGUCGAAAUAUUUCUUUAUAUCCUACGAUUCAUACUGGACAAAUUGAUCUAUAUAAAGAAUACUAAUGAUAUACGUCAAAUGAUGAUCAAAUACGUAAUACUUGGAAUACAAUUGCUAAGCAUUUACGUUUGUUUAACGUUUAUAUUCGGUUUAAUUGUUUUGCCAAUUGUAUACAUGGUUCUUCAUAUAGUAGCAAAAAUUUUAUCGUAUAAUUAUUGAUUAGAGAGAAAGAGAGGAAGAGAGAGAGAGAGAGAGAAAGAUAGAGCCGUAUCAGAAUAUGUGAUAUCUUUGUUGUGUUUGAUGUUCUGUAAUUAAAUAUAUACAUACAUACAUACAUACAUACAUACAUAUAUAUAUAUAUAUAUAUAUAUAUAUAUAUAUAUUGUAAUUUUUCUCAAUAUACAAUUAGUUUUAUUUCUUUAUAGUUAAUAAUAUGCCAAUUAAUCUAACGAAGAAGAAUAAGAUCUAACAACAAAUUUCUCAUUAUACGAAUGACAAAUGACAAUGAGAUAGUUAAUUUGUUAUCGCCAAUAAUUUGUACGAGUAUCAUUGUUCGACAGUCUCAUUGAUUGUCUCACAUGUUUUGCAGUUUGCAAAAUGUCCGAAUAAAAGUAAACAAAAAAUAAAUAAAAUGAAAUGAAAUAAAAACGCACAAAUGAAAACGCGAUAUAUAUACGUCUAUAGAAAAUUAUGAAUAACAAUGUGCGAAAUAAAUAAUAAUUACGGAAACAGAAAUAUUU